AAGUGUGGGCGUAAAUAACAGCUUUUUAUUAAUUAUACUUAUGCUAAUCAUAUUUUAGCGACAUAUCUUUGCUGUGAUUCUCUCCGCUGCAUGCUCUCUUGAGUUCUCUCUCUCUUUUUUCUCUCUUCCUCUCUCCUUCCCUCCCCAGUUCUGGCGUAGUAAAGCGCGUUCCCGCGUCACGCGCGACACCUUCGGGUUGAAUGAAUCGGGAGCGCGUGCAGGUCUAGAGAGGGGUGGGCGGGUCCUGGAGCAAGAAUGGCGCGUGGCGGCGAGAAGCUCAGGACGAGUUCGCGUGUGGCGUCGUUAGAGCGCGCUUUGUAGCGCGGGGUUGGUUCCAGAAUGGAGGCGGGGAAGGGGUGCAGCGCUCGCGCGCGUUUGACGUAAUUCAGAGGACUCCCGAGUACACAGGUCCUGUCCCAGCAGAACGCGAGUCUCCGAUGGCACGGAGCGAGAUGUCCCCGAGCCGGACGCAGCACUCGCCCCCUACACAGAGACCCAACGCCUGCUGCUUCUGCUGGUGCUGCUGCUGUAGCUGCUCUUGUCUCACUAUUAGGAGAGAAGAUGAGAGUCGCCGGAGAUUGAAAUCCCAGGAGACUAAGCUGGAGACCAUACCAAACUGUGAAGCUUGCACCAAACCAACGGUGGAGGAGAUUAAACAGUGGGCUCAGUCCUUCGAUAAGCUGAUGAAGAACCCGGCAGGCCGGAACGUGUUCCGCGAGUUUCUGCGCACAGAGUACAGUGAGGAGAACAUGCUCUUCUGGCUGUCCUGUGAGGAUCUGAAGAAGGAGAUCAACAAGAGCAUGAUAGAGGAGAAGGCACGCAUGAUCUACGAAGACUACAUCUCUAUACUUUCACCAAAAGAGGUGAGUUUGGAUUCGCGGGUGCGUGAGGUAAUCAACAAGAAGAUGCAGGACCCAACUCCACACACGUUUGAGGACGCACAGCUGCAGAUCUACACGCUCAUGCACAGAGACUCAUACCCACGCUUCCUCAACUCAUCCAUCUAUAGAUCACUGGUGCAGGGGGGCUCACGCUCCUCCUCAGAAUCCUAGACCCACCUCUGUCUAUGUGUCUCUCUCUCUUUCUCUCCAUUCAUCCUUCCAUCACACAACCACUAAAGGAGAACGUACAUGUUGGCUUCUUGUCAUGGAUGGAUUAUGUCUCCCAGGCCACUUCCUGUGUUUUGCUUUGACUUCGCCUCUGUUGUUUUGGAGGGCACAACAUCCCUCCGGAAUGUUCUGAACCCGCACAGGCUGAAACUGGAAGACACAGGGUUGAAGUAGUAGUCAUAGUCAUUCCACUGCUUGUGAUGAUGGAAACAACUACUGAUCCACGCGAGUCUCUUUGUCCUUUGUACAUUUAUUUCCAUAGGUACGUGUACGAACACAGUUUUAGGACUUGUUUUAUCUUUUUACCUGAUGUCAUGAGUUGACAAAACACAAGAGAGCCUCUGCAAUAAGACACACUGGAGUUGACUUUCUCCGCUCCACAUACAACCGGUUUGCCUAUUAUACCUAUACCUUUGACCUGUCCACUGUCUCCCUUCUCUGAGAUCAUCUCUCUGAGACAUGGGGUUGGGUGGUGGUGGAUGGUUAUGUUUGUUACCGGAGGGGCCGGAAGUUUCCCAGUUGCAAAAAAAAAAAAAAGAAAGAACAAGAAGAAAAAAGAAAACAAUAUUUAGAAUAUUAAAAAGUUUUAACAAAUGAAAUUGAAAAUGACAAGAGGAAGAUAGAUGUAGAUACAAAGAAAAAAAGUGAGUGGUGAGAAGAUGCUUAAGUCUUAAUUAGACUGGUCACUCAAAAUGCAUUUUAAACUUAGUAUUGUUCAUGUUAUUUAUUUUCUAUUUUGUCAACUUUUGUUCUUGUACAGUCAAUUUUAAAAAUCCGGUACGGAUGACGCAAACCGAGCAAGGUCACGAGUGCUUCAUAGUGCACCGUUUGUGUAUGAGUGUAUGUUUGUGUACAUGUAGGGGUGUGUGUGUGUGUGUGUGUGUGUGUGUGUGUGUGUGUGUGUGUGUGUGUGUGUGUGUGAGCAUGUGUAGGCAUGCAUGUGUCUCUAGGUUACAGGAUGAAAAGCUUGAUGGGUCUCAUGACCUUUUCCUUGGCAAAAAUUGCAGAAAAAAAAUCACAGAUGCUGCUUUCUGGGUUUCUUUAGUAAUUCUUCAGUAUUGUAAUAGUUUGUCAAAUAAACUCCUUAUUCAGAUGAAUUUAAUAAGGAUUGUUUAUAGAUGCAAAGCACCUCAAAAUCCUAUGUGCAUGUUUUUUUUAAGGUCACAUCUCAAGGGAAACCAGUGUUAGUGUUGUUAUUACCUUAUUACCUGAACACCUUAAGGCUUUAAAUAAUAAUGCUCACUUCAAUAAGAAUAAAACCAGAACAACCAGCAAAAUCCCUUUUAAUUAUUGGACCCAAAUCAUUCUGUAGAUGUGGAAAUCUCUAAUUUUAUAGCAAAGUGGUGCUUCACAUCUAUGACAUUGUGUGUCCUUGUUGACAUUUGUACAGUUUGUGAAUAGUCACCUAGCACAAUGAAUGGAACUCUGCUUGAGCACCUAGGCCUUGACUUGUGCACCGUGCAGGACUUACAUUCAUUGUGCUACAGGAAUGUUCUAAACUGCUCAAACAGCUGUAUUGAAUUCAUCUGAUUUUAGGACUUGUUCACUGCCGAAAGUAUGAACUGGGCUUCAGCGCACAGAGGCUUUGGAUGGGACAUUAGUGAUAUAUAGGAUGGUCACAGAUAUCAGCAAACACACACACACACUUAGGCCAUGUCCACAUGUAUAUUGUUAUUUUUGACAACAGUAUUUUGGGUCACUGAAAACGGAGCUUUUUGAAACCACCCACUGUUUCACUGUUUUUGUGUGGACAGGAAAAAAAAAAGAGAAAGCUGUCUGUGUGAAUCUGCAUAUGCGCACUGUUGUUUACAUAUGUAAUGAGUGAGCUAGCACUCUAUUUAUUAUGGCUGCUUAUUUCAAAUGUGUUAGUGUUUCUAAUUUCUGCAUUUCUCUAUGCAUUAAUAUUACACCUGCAUGCAGAUACAUCUGAGUCCACCACACAAACAAUACAAACUGUGCUGUAAACAGAAAUUAUUAAUAGGACCUAAGUGUAACCUUAAUCACUAGUUCCACAUGACUGUCAGUCUACAUAAUUUAAUUGUCAUUUUUCAUUUUAGAACUUUAGUUGAGCCGCAACCCUGACCAGCGUAUCUCCACCCAGUUGGUUGGCCUGCUCAAUCAAACGUUUUUGCAUUUUCGUAUAGACAAAGAUAAGAGUGUGGACACCUGAUCAUAACAUCCAUAUGUUUUUCCCCAAAUUGUUGCCACCAAGUUUAAAGCACACGAUUGACCAGAAUGUCUUUGUAUGAUUAAGCAUUAAGAUAGUCUCUCACUGAAAUAAAGGAGGCCAAACCUGUUCCAGCAUGACAAUGCUGCUGUGCACAAAGGUCCUCUUAUGAACUCCACUGAACACCCUUGGGCUGGAUUUGUACACCAACUUCACAUCCUGCCUUUUUGUUUGAGAUCAAUGUCUGACCGCUCUUGUGUGAGAGGGCAAAUAUCCUUACAGUCAUGCUCCAAAAUCCAGUAAAGUGGGGACCAAUCCCAUUAUAUUGUGAUAGGAUGUUAAGUAAUCAAGAGUCCACAUUUAUGCUAUUUGUGUAGAUAGGAUUUUCCUUUUGAAAGAGCCAUGUUUUCAAAAACUACUUUAUGUUUGUGGAUGGGGUUUUAUAGACACAGCUUUAACCCAUAUUGUGUAUUGUGCUGAUAGUGAUGGUACUGUGUAUUUAGAUGAUGAUCAUGUUUCAUUCUGGAAAUUACAAGCUGCAGCCUAUUGAAAUAAUGCUAGGUGGGUAGGUUGAGUUGAGCUGAGGCAUAUUACACCUUUUCCCUCCAAUAACUCCCUUACUAUACAGAACACUUGGUUUAUUAAUAGUACUGUACAUCAAGGCUACUAGCGUUGUAAAGACAUUUCAAACACAUUACUUGUUCAUAGGGCAAGUACGAUAAUAAGCCCUUCAUGCCAACUGACGAACACGUUUAUAAAGCAUUACUCCAGCAGCUGACGUAAAGACACGUGCAAGUUUACGUAACACAAUUGCAUAACAUGACUGAUAUAGCAGAUAUACUCUGAGCUUCAUGAACGUUAUGUAUUGUGACACUCUACUGUGUUCUAAAUAAGCUUGGAAAGUGCCACAGCACAGCCUUAUUUUACCCAAACUUUGUUACUUGUCUCAGGUGUUUUGUCAACUUGACUUUAAAUUAGCAAAAGCUGUCUUUAUGGCAGUUGAUGCCUGUCCGAAAGAAUCUGUUUCAACAAAUCUAUAUAUGUUGUGAUGAAGGGCUUAUGCAGGUGGGCAAGAAAUGGCAAGUAAAAUGUUUAGAAGACAUUUUUUAUAUUAAGGGGCUUCAAUUUCAUUUGGUUAUCAAAAGCUCUAUUAAAGAAUGGCUGAAAGUCUGUAAAACACUUCCAGUAGCCUUGACAUGAUACUUCUAGAAACCUUGGUGACUGAAAACCUUCAUAGACAUAAAAAAAAAACAAAUACAACAUCAACUUCUAUAUACUACUGUAAAAGUGUAAAAAAAAAUUUAAAAAAAAGUAAUCACUCAUAUUAUAUUGAUUUUAAGUAACUGUUUGGUGACUUUUAUUCUACCUUAAAAGCCCAGGAAUUAUCCAGUCUAGCAAAAUAGACUCACUCACUCAAAUUCAGUAAGUCCUUUCUCCUAGUCAGGGUCUCAGUGAAUCUGGAGCCUAUUCCGGGAAUACUAGGGAUACACCUAGGAUGGGAUUCCGGUCCGUCACAGUGGUACUAGACUGCAAACAGUAAAUGUUCAUUAUGAACAUUUAUCAAACAGUCUCUAUGUAAAUACUGGGUCCUGCAUAACAGUCCUGGCAUGACCGUGCAGUUUUACCAAAUUUAAGAGAGUUUCAAGUCUAUUUGGGAUUCAUUAUCUGCUACUAUUCAUACAAACUCACACACACUUUAACAUUUGCACACUUUAACAUUUUUUUUUCUUUUAUAGCUCACACACAAAAGAACGUCCAUUGAAUCCAUUACAUUUCAAGUUAAGGCAGUAAAAUGGUAACAUGAUGGUAUGCAUCAUCCAUUCCUGUUAUUUUAAUUGGCAUGAAGCCACCACUAAAAUAGGUCACUUUAUGACCAGUAAACUUUCUAGGACUCCCUUUUUCUGUACGUCCUAGCCUCCUUGUGUGCGCCCAAGUGACCCUUGGUACGAACUCUGUUUUGUAAUUUCUGUUAAGAAUGGUGUGGCAUAGAAGACCUGUAAUCGGUGCUGGUGCUACCACUGUGAGCUUGUGUACCUCCUAUGCCCUCUGUGUCUGUACAUUUCGAAAUGUGAAUUUGAACGACAACCACUGUUCUGUGUGUAUGUGUGUUUGUUCUCAGUACGAGAGGAAAAUUGGGCAGAUACAAUAGGCAGUGUUAUGAACUCUUUCAUUAUGGCACUGAGCUAAAUACUGUUUUUGUUCAUUUGCUGUAUUUGUGUAAAGCCAUUUCUACCUGACUGAUACAGACAUACCUUUUCCCUAAAACUCCCAUCUGGAGGAUGUUUUGGGUGAUGUUUCAAUAUUGCUUUUAGCAAUGCGGUCUCUUGAGUAUCAUUGUCGCUAGUUGUAGGGGCCUUUCCAAUACCUAAUUAGCUUAUUAGCUCAGGUGACAUUUUUUUUGGAUAAGCAAUGGAGGGCUGGGAUUUUGAGUGUCCAACUGAACAGCAAAACCUUCUAAAAGACAUUGCAACCUGAGCUUAUUUUGGUUUCAGAUUCAGUGGGGCUAUUUCUAAAUGUAUAAAGGAGCAAUAAAAUAUUCAAUAAUUUAAUUGAGGUGGUAUAUAGUCUACUACUCUCUCACCAAUUAAGUAACUACCAGAGGUGGUAAAAGUCCAAAAAAAUCCUUACUCAAGUGAAACAGCAAAUCUAAAUAAAAAUGUUUUGGUGAAAGUUAAAAUACAGCUUCUAUUUUUUUACUCAGGGUAAACUACCAGAUACAAAACAUAGCCAACAAUAGGUAAAUCAUUGGCUCGAUAGAUAUUAGGUCUCUUACUUUUUCCUUUUUUUCUCUUCUUUCUUUUUUUUUUUUAAGAUUAGAGGGAUGGUUUUUCCCUCCAUUUUGGUGUAAGUUAUAGCACUCAUAUAAAUGGGUAAAAACAUGACAUGUAAAAUGUAGAAAUGUACAUAAAACUGCAUUAAGGGGUUGUCCACCCACCAUGUCACACCCAUUAGAAUGUAGAAUUUUAAUCAAUUCCUUGCACAAAAAAUUCCAAAAAUACUGUAGAUAUUAUAGAAUUUCUUUUAAAAAUGUACCUUACUUUCCACCUUUGCUAAUCACUUUUUUUUAGCUAUAAGCUGUUUAAAAUGAAAUAAUGAACAAAUCACCAACAAAACAGAUUGAACAACACGCUUGCUGUGUGUUGUGGUUGAUGGAACCACUCUGUACAUAAUCUAUCUAGUCAACUAUUAGGCGUUAUUCAAUAAUGAAUUAUGUACAAUUUAUUUUGCCAUAGAGCAUGUACGCAUGACUUAUACAUCAUUCACUUUGACAUUAUUUAACAGGUGUACAUAUUUUGAGCUGGUGAGGUUUGGAUUAAACUUACUGAAUUCAAGUGACCGGUUUAACUAAUGAUCCUAAUAUGAUAGAACAAUCACUGAUGUAGACUCUGUGAGAGGGAUGACUGGGGUAUGUUAGAAACAUAUAAUUGAAAACAUAGGCCUGAUUCUUUCCCCUGAACAAGUAGGGGAAUUACAUUCCCACCAAAUGCUUCAGGGCCAAAUUGAAAAGAUUUUUCCCUGAUUUCAUGUCAUAAUGAUGUGAAAUGCA